AUGUUUAUCGAAACUCGCCAAAGUCGAAAAGGAAAGAAAGUGGAUCAAGAUACACAAGUUGCUCUAACUAAACUUCAGGAAUCAGUUCAAGAUUCAAGUGAAUCUGCUGGGAAAACUUUCCAAUCACUCUUUGGUGAAGAAAAACCAGGUAGAGUUCGCUGCUUAGGAAGAACAGUCACACCAACUAUGUUAAAGAGAAAUGAAGAAAUUGCUGCUAUAAAUAAACAACAUUCUCAUGAGAUGAACCAAAUGACCAAGAAGAUGCAAGGGCUUGAAGGGCUUGUAAGAUGCUUGAUGAAGCAAGUCAAUCCAAAUUUGGAUGAUGAAGCUUUGAAUAAUAUAAUGGAAAAUGCUUUAAGCAAUGAAAGUAGUGCAGCGCCUCGUUCAUCUACAUCAACCCAUAAUCCUAAUUACGAAAAGACUGGUCUUAAUGCUUGUUUAACAUCCUAUGAAAUCACCAAGCUGCAAAAGUUGCAAAAUUUGGUUGAUGAAGAAGAUGAACCGCAAGAUAUUGGAGAAGAAUGA